AUGCAUCCGAAGAAUCCCUACAAAGACGGAGUGCCUCAAGAAUUUUUGGGUUCUUGUGGGAAGAUUCUAGUGCUGGAAAGUCGCCAAGCAGAUUGGUUCAUUACGAAAAGGCUUCUCAAAAGGGAUUUCAAUAUCGACAUAUUGGAGGAUGCGCGUCACGGAUCUAUUGUCCCCGUUCUGCCACUUAGGCUGAAUUUUUUAUUCAACGCUUUGGACUUUGUAACUAAAGUGUUGGCUCUUGAUCCUCCUGGCCCGCAGUCCAUUGUCGCGCUGGAUGUUGGCUGCGGCCCUUAUGGAAUUAUAGGACAACUAGCCGCCAAGUUAUUCAAUUGGCAAGUGCGAUACACAGAACCAGUAGAAGAAUCAAGGCGACUUGCGGCGAAAAAUAUCACCGCAAAUAGCGAAAAUGAUGUUUUGGUGGCGAAAGAGAUUGAAGAUGUCGAAGAGGUGAAAACAAGGAAGAGGUCAGGCGAAAAUGAGAGUCGGAAAAAUGUUGUUCUUUGUAAUCCACCCUGGUUUAUUGGAAGCGACGAUAAAAAUCACGAGAAGGAAAUUACCGGUGGCGAGGUCCAAUUCGUCGAGCAUCUAAUAAAACAGCAUCAAGCGUCAGUCGACGCCUUUUGCUUCCUCAUCGGUCGUAAGAAGUCCAGCCUGCUAAUCAUCAAAAAGGUUCAUAAAAUGGGCGCGCACGCUGAACUCACCAAAAUGCGGCAAGGAACCAAGACGAGAUAUUUCAUUGGCGUCUCCUUCAAAGAAUUCGAAAAGAAAGAGACAUUCAAACCGAAGAAAGAAAAGUGCUUCUCAGCGUCUAUUCAGAACAAGAAGCGCAGCUUCAGCGAAAUUAAAUCCGAGCUAUUAGAGAUAAUGAAGAGACGGGAGUUGAAUCCGAUUAUCGCUGCGAAUACUGGAGAGCUCUUACGAUGCUCUGUGUGCGUUGUGAAUCGACAGUGGGCCAAUCGCAAAGAGAAACGUAAAGACUGGAAGAGAGAGAAUCAUCGUAUCUCGGAGAAAUGGGACAAGAAGAAAGAAAGAGAGAAAAUGGCAAUUCCGAUUUGGCGAAUUCGUCCCUCUCCAUCGCGAAUUAGAUUCUUCGGAUUUCUGGUUCUCUUUCUUGUUUUCACUUCGUUUUGUUAUUUAUUUCCGGCUGGAAGUUUCGAAGCCCGAGCUAGCUGGUCAGGACCACAGAGCGACACUUCAAAAUACUUCCAACUCGACAACAGAAAAGCCUUUGUACCAAAGAAUGAUCCAAUCUUAUCCAACGAAGAGUUGCGCCUUAUCCGAGAUCGUCUUUUUUCCGACGAUCAAGUUCGAAAAUUUAAUCAUGAUGCUUAUCCCGCGGUGACCACUGCUUUGCUCAUUCAAGUUCACAACAGACCUCAAUUCUUCAAAGUUCUUCUCGACAGUUUGCGCGUCGCCGAAAAUAUUCAUCGCGUCGAGUUAAUUAUUUCUCAUGAUAUAUACAACGACGAGAUGCAAAAUCUGACAUCUUCCAUUGAUUUCUGCCGUGUCACGCAGAUUUACUUUCCUCUAUCCGCCUCGUUUUACAGGGAUCAAUUCCCUGCAGAUGAUCCCAACAACUGCCAGAAAGAGAGUGAAAAUGCGAAGAAGGUGGAGAAUUGCAGGGGAGAAGCGGAUACUUAUGGCAAUUUUAGAGAAGCUAGAAUUGUGAAUAUCAAACAUCACUGGUGGUGGAAGCUCAAUUUCUCUGCCAUCCACUUCUCCCAUAUCGAAACCUUCGUGCUGCUAGAAGAAGAUCACGCUUUGAUGCCAGAUUUCGUCGAAAUCAUCGACCAAAUUCAAUCCUUCGCGGCGGAGAAAAACCCCACCAUUCGCCCACAUGUUCCCUUUAUCACCACUCUGGGGACAUACAAGGCGAAAAUGACGUACAACCAGAGGGACUGGCAGACGGUAAUUUCCUCCAGCUUCAACUCGGGCAAACACAACAUGGCGAUGAUUUUGACAAAGAGCUUCGUCGAAAAGUUACGAUCGCCGCCCAUGGUCAAGUUGUUUUGUGAAUACGACGAUUACAACUGGGAUUUUUCAUUGUUCAAUGCAGUUCAAGAGAAUAUCAAGACGCUACGUGUUUAUAUGCCUCAAAUACCUCAUGUCUUCCACUUAGGGGACAAAUGCGGCCUUCAUCACGAUAAAGGUGACUGCAGCGCGGCGAACGUCGACUCCUAUCGCAAAAUGCUCAAAGACCAUCGAUAUUUUUUCUUCCCGCCAAAUUUUACCAGCUGGAGGCGCGCCACAGAGAAAGUAAAGCAGAAACUCAAGCCAAACGGCGGCUGGGGAGACCGGCGCGACCGGGAUCUUUGCUACUUUCUCGUCAACAACGUCGAUCCAAGUUCAUUACGCCUUGACCAAUUACCCUUUCUCCAAUCUUAA